AUGGAGUCCACGGUGACCCCGAAGGCGUACCCGCUAGCUGAUGCGCAGCUAACGAUGGGUAUCCUCGAUAUCAUCCAGCACUCCACCAACUACAAGCAGCUCAAGAAGGGAGCGAACGAAGUGACGAAUACCCUGAAUAGGGGGAUAUCAGAGUUUGUUGUGAUGGUGGCGGAUACAGAGCCUCUUGAGAUCCUACUCCACCUCCCCUUGUUAGCUGAGGAUAAGGGCACACUGCAACUAGCGGCCGAGUAG